UAUCCCUUCUCUGUGUUCAACUUGAUUACGCACAUUGGCCUUUCAGAACAGAGACUGAAAUUACAAACCCUAAACACAAAAAAUAGACUUCGACAUAAGCAAGAAAACACGGAGUUUCACUAACAAAGAUAAAGAGGCAGAGAUCAAAGGAACCGAGAAGGAAUGGGGAGACAGCCAUGCUGUGACAAAGUAGGGUUGAAGAAAGGGCCAUGGACUGCAGAAGAAGACAGGAAGCUCGUCAACUUCAUCCUCACCAACGGCCAAUGCUGUUGGAGAGCUGUUCCAAAGCUCGCUGGACUCCUCAGGUGUGGGAAGAGUUGCAGAUUGCGAUGGACUAAUUAUCUCCGACCAGAUUUGAAGAGAGGUCUUUUGUCUGAAUACGAGGAAAAGAUGGUCAUUGAUCUCCACGCCCAACUCGGUAACAGGUGGUCAAAGAUUGCUUCGCAUUUGCCGGGAAGAACAGACAAUGAGAUCAAGAAUCACUGGAACACUCACAUCAAGAAGAAGUUGAAGAAAAUGGGGAUCGACCCAGUAACGCAUAAGCCGCUUUCGACCGUUGAAGGUCAAAAGAAACAACAGCCAAAACAAGAAAAACCCACGAACGAUCACAAGCUUGAAACCCAGAUGACAAGACGAGAACCUAAUUACCUGUCUGGAACGAGUAUGGAGUUACAAAUGACGAAGCAAGACGAUUUGCUUGGUGAUCAGUUCAUGAUGAUGAACGUUAGUACAGAUCCAGUUUUCGGCAUCGAAGAGGUUCCUCUGAUUGAUCUUGAGGGCUUAGGGUUUGUCUCCAACAACUCUGCAGUGCCCUGUUCGUCGUCUUCCUCCUCGACGACUACGAACUCUUCGCAAGAUUCAUGUUUCUUGAAGGAUUUCCAGUUUCCGGAUUUCGAUUGGUCGGCUUCGGAUUACGGUGAUAAUGGGAUCGACAACAUUGUCGACAGUGAUAUGAUGAGUUUAUGGGAUGUUGAUGAUUUUGGCAGCUGGGAUUUGCCGGUAAAUGAUGAUAUUGCUCAGAGGUCUUGCACAUUUGGGCUAUUUUGAUCAAUUUUCAACCUUUUAGCAUUUUUUCUGUAAAAUGAAAACUCUGGGGGCUGAAAAGAUAAAUAAAAAACCUUCCUUUUCCUUCA